CGCGUGGGCACUUCCGCUGACGUCAACGCUCGGGAGGAAGUGCCGGCGGCUGGCGGAAGGCGGGCGCAGGAGCUCUAUCCGUGAGGGCGGCGGGGACAGGGGCUGCUGCGAGGUCACUGACUGCAGGCCCUGGCCGCGCUCCGGAAAGGGAACGCGGCCGGGCGGCACGCAGUACGGGCCCGGCUCUGGGAGCCGUCGUCCUCCUCGAGAGAGCUCCGUCCAUUCAGGGGGAAGCGGCUGGUCCCGGGCUCACCUGAGCUCUGCCCACUACUCCCCUGGCGGACCUGCCUGCCGUCGGGAUGGACGAGGAGAGUCUGGAGACAGCUGUGCAGAACUACCAUGCCCAGCUGCAGCAGGUGGAACUGGCCCUGGCUGCGGGCCUGGACGCGUCCGAGCAGGCGGACCUGCGCCAGCUUCAGGGCGACCUCAAGGAACUGAUCGAGCUCACGGAGGCCAGCCUGGCGUCUGUCAGGAAGAGCAAGCUGCUGGCCACGCUGGACCAAGGGCGCCAAGUCCCGGAAGACGCCGAGUACCUGGCUUUCCAGAAGGCCAUUGCCGAGGGGGUGGAGGUGCCCGCCGCCCCCGGGGCCGACCUGGAGGCUGUCCCCGAGAGGGAGGCGGGGCCGGAACGCCCCACACCUGCGCGAGCAGAGGAAGGCGGAGAGAGAGGGGACCACGACCCGGAGGACGAGCUGAGCGGUGCCAAGGUGAACGCGCCCUAUUACAGCGCGUGGGGCACCCUGGAGUAUCACAACGCCAUGGUUGUGGGCACUGAAGAGGCGGAGGACGGCACAGCCUGCGUGCGCGUGCUCUACCUGUACCCCACGCACAAGUCCCUGAAGCCCUGCCCGUUCUUCCUGGAGGGAAAGUGCCGCUUCCAGGAGAACUGCAGGUUCUCCCAUGGGCAAGUGGUCUCUGUGGAUGAGCUGCGCCCCUUCCAGGACCCAGAUUUGAGCUUGCUGCAGGUGGGCUCUGCAUGUCUGGCCAAGCACCAGGAUGGCCUCUGGCACCCAGCACGGAUCACGGACGUGGACAGUGGCUUCUACGCAGUUAAGUUUGACUCACUGCUGCUGAAGGAGGCUGCAGUGGAAGGGGACAGUAUUUUGCCUCCUCUGCGUACAGAGACCACAGAAUCAUCUGACUCCGACGACGGUGAUGCAGGGGACUCCAGCUAUGCCAGAGUAGUGGAAUCCAGCACCACAGACACCGGAACCUGCAAUUCAGCCUUCGCCAGCUGGGAGGUGCACACACGGGGCAUCGGCUCCAAACUCCUCGCUAAGAUGGGCUAUGAGUUUGGCAAGGGUCUGGGCCGACAUGCAGAAGGCCGGGUGGAGCCUAUCCAUGCUGUGGUGUUGCCUCGAGGAAAGUCACUGGACCAGUGUGCAGAGAUACUGCAAAAGAGGACCAAGAGGGGCCAGGCUAGUGUCAGCAGGCCCCCACGAUGCCAGGGAAGUGGAGGUGGACCUAGGGUCCGCCCACCCCCUCGGAACGUGUUCGACUUCCUGAAUGAGAAGCUGCAGAGCCGGGUUCCUGGGGCCCUGGAAGCUGGGAUGGAUCCCCCAGGGAGGAGGAGCAAGGACAUAUACCAUGCCAGCAAGAGUGCGAAGCAAGCCCUGAGCCUACGGCUCUUCCAGACUGAGGAGAAGAUUGAGCGGACCCAACGAGACAUCCGGGGCAUCAAGGAAGCCCUCAGACGGAAUGCUGGCCGGCACAGCGUGGCGGCAGCCCAGCUGCAGGAGAAGCUGGAAGGAGCCCAGCGGCAGCUGGGACAGCUUCGAGCUCAGGAGGCUGGCCUACAGCGGGAGCAGCGGAAGGCUGACACCCACAGGAAGAUGACGGAGUUCUAAAGACCCACACACACCAUGGGG